CUAGCACUCGACGUGGAUCAUGUGAUGUGUACCAAAGAUCUCAGCCCUUCAUUUAUAUCACCCACUUUCAAAUCUCAACAUAUAUAAUAACCAUGCCCCUACCGUAUCCCAUACACGUCCUUAAGAUAGUGCAUGCUAUCAUAUUCCAUUUCUACGUCUGUUUAUUUCCUUCUUUAUUCUUUUGUUGUUUUGGAAUUCUAGAACUUGGGUUGGUGCUGAAAAUGAACAAGUUCGUCUGUUUAACGGUCCACAUGAACCUUUUUGUGGCUGCCAUUUUCCUAUCAUUUCUCAUUGCAUGUGAGAGUCUUCGAUCACCCCCAGAUAUUAAUAUGGGCUUGAAAGAUAGGGUCAGCUUGCAUGUGCAAAAGAACCAUGUAAUCCAUAAGGAACGAGUACAAGAAGAGCCUAAAACGGAAAUCUACCCUACUGGUUCAAGCUUACCAGAUUGCUCCCAUGCAUGUGGGCCAUGCUUCCCAUGCAAGCGGGUGAUGGUCAGCUUCCAGUGCUCCAUCGCUGAGUCCUGCCCCAUCGUCUACCGUUGCAUGUGUAAGGGGAGAUAUUUCCACGUUCCUUCCAAUUGAUGCUUUCGAUCACACCCGUUUGUUGAAGCGCGCCGCCCAUUUUCAAGUUUCCUCUGAAGAUCAAGGGCUGUGAUUUCUGAUCCGAGAUCACCUAUUUCUGGGUGUCUCUCACAUACAUGUUGUUGCUACAUUUCCUGUUUUGUCUUGUAUUUGUACGGUCGAAAUUUCAGAAAAAAGGAAUAAAGAAAAGAAAAGAAAAGAUUAGUAGGUUGAGGCAUUAUGUAAAUAGUAGUAAAGGUUAGAUUGAAUCUGACU